AUGGGCUCUGGUUUCAGCAGGGCAAGCGCUGGCGACACCAGCGCGCCCCUGCCGCCGUGCCCGCUCUUCUACAACUUUAUGCCCGACAAUCGACUCAUCCCUGCAUCGACGCUGCCGAUGCGUGGCCCAGGCGAAUCUUUGCGCCGUCCGCAAGGCGGGUGCGCGGCACGCGUCAUUCCGCUCCGCAGUUUGCCGGUUGUAUCGGAGAAGUCGAGGAAGGACGCCAAGAAAAUUGUUGCCGAUGCCAAGAGGAACAAGAAACGCGGCGGCGACAGCACCGCAGACGAGGUAGAGGCAAGGGUCGUGGCCGCUGCGAAUGCGCUCCUCAGAAACCCUAGCCUCCUCCCAUCACUCAGCUCGUGCUUCCUCCUCAACAUCGCGGUGGAUGAGCAAGGCCGACUCGUCCCACUGCUGACAAACGACGGGCAUGCAGUGGACACCAUGGUCGGCUUCAAUGACACCGGCGCUGGCGGCCCGGGCAGCUCACGCUGGAAUCCGCUGAAGUCUCCGCGCUCGAGCUUUGUGAAGAAGGGGUUCAACUUUUUCGCCACCAACAGCCCCGUGCGCACCCCAAUGUUUCCAGGCGCGGCCAGCAAUCGUGGCGACUCCCUCACGAGUGGUGCCGAGAGACCGUCGCAAGCUGGCGAAAACGGAGCGGCGGCAAAUCAGCUAGUCUCGACGCUGUUACCGCCCGCAACAGCCGCGGUGAACGCGGUGGGUCGCCCAGCAGGUGCGGCACCGCCACCCGAUCCUCCGUCUCCUCAGUGCAGCGAGGGGCAGCCAAAGCAGCGCAGCCGCAUCAAAAAGGGUGGCGACGAUGGCGCGCAGCCCGCCUUGCCAAAGGCACCUGAGAAGCUGAUCUCUACCUUUGCCAUUGCACCAACGCCGUCGUCUAGCGUUGGCCCAGCUAGAGUCGUGUGUGACACGACUAAGGAUGACGAGCAGGACGUGUCGCUAGCCACUCCCUCGGUGUGCUCCGUGCUUGUGAAAGACAGCCAUUUCCGAAAGUCCGAGGACGGCCAAGGCGGGGCAAGCGCCUCGGUAGCGCCGGCUUUGUCGAACGGAGGUGCCAGUGGCGUCGAUGGUGUUAGCCCGAAGCGCAUGCGCCGCAAGCUUUCACGCAUCACACUCCUCCGUGCGUCAGAACGGACGCAGUGGCUGCUGUUUAACGAUAGCGGCACCCACGAGGCGCAGGUGUCGGCGCUGCUGUGCUACCGGGCGCAGAAGGAGAGGUCUGCGAGCCCGAUGAAGCCCAUCGCUGGGGAGAAGGCACCGAUGAAACCGUCUGGCAAGACCGAAACAGCAUCGACACCGGCCCCUGGAGACUUGCGUGUGCUUUGCCGCCCGACUCCGCUCUCGCACACCUCUCUCCCCACCAAGAAGGGGAAGCUGCACCUGCAGGGCAUGACUAGUAGCAGCCGCCGCUACGUGGAGGUGCGUCCGGUUCUUGUGGAGGUAUUCACAGCUGCGAUUCCUGCCCCAACGACGCCUGUGGAGGAGCAUCAGCUUGAGGAGUUCAAGAAGAGCGUCGCUAGUGCGGCGGCUGUGGAGGUAUUUGUGGUGCUCGCGCCAGGGGAGACAGUGUACUUGGCGGAAGGUGACGUGCUUGGCUACAGGUUAGACACGCUCCUCGUGCCCUUCGACACAUCACGCAGCAUGGCGGUACUGGGCCGCAUGCUCACACCGAAGAUGGUGUGCAGUCUCAAGAAGAAGAGUGAAGCGGCGAGUAAGAAGGGGUACCGGCACACGUUGAUAUUCUUGGCGAAAGCAGUAGCCCCGGCAGUCGGCGCCGCGCCUGCGCAUGCGCCCAGAUCCGGUCCCGCUGUCGCUCGCCUCACAGGCAGUGCCAUGGCGACGCUGCCUAAAGCCGCUACUAGCAGAGCACCAAAACACACUCAUACCAUCCCACCUCUUUCGUCAGACACGCUGAACGCUGCGCCACCCAACCCGGGGCAUUCCACCGUCUUUGAGGCCCCAACGGAGGCUCUGACUGAUGCCCUGAGGAGCGUCGAUGACGCGGAAGCGACGACGUCUGCUACACCACCUCAGCACCCCCCGCCAUCCUCGUUGCCCGCGCCUGAGACAGCCGCGAAGGGUAAAGCUGCUGCCGCUGCUGCUGCUGCUGCCGCUGCUGCCGCUGCUGCCGCUGCUGCUGGAGGGACCGGUGCGCAGCGCCGUCUGUCACUUCGGAGCCAUUGCAGAAAAGGGGAGGCGAGCAGGAAUGGUGAAAACCACUGCGUUGAAGCGGCCGGGAAUCCCUAUAGCCUCGGCGCACCGGCUAUUGUGCCAAGCACGGCGGCCGCCGCGUCGCCGAGCUUAGGCGGUGGCGCUGCCACUCUUCCAGCGUGGUCUGCAGCAGAUGCGAAAGCCGCGCUUGCAGGCCGUGUGAGAAGCGCAGCUGGAGUGCCGGCGCUGGACAUCAAGAGCUUAGCAGCUAGCUCGGACAAGGACGGCUCUCCACCCCGCGGUGACGCCUCUUUGGAGGGCAGCGAGUGGAAGAGCACCGGCGCCAACUCGCUCGACAUCGCCUUCUAG